AUGAAGUUGCUGUCAGGACCAAGCAAUGGGUACCGCGAAGUGUUGGAACAACGUUUACAGGAUAGACCACACAAGGAUGAAGAUACACGUAAGAAAAACUGGGACACUCUGAAGGAUUGCAUUGUAACCGCAGCUGAAGAAGUUUUAGGUAAAGGGAGAAGAAAACAACCAGAGAGGUUUCGAGAGAGCUAUGACAUCUUGAUACCUUUAGUAGAAGCCAAGAACAGAGCACUCCAGAGAGCGCUACAAUCUAACACGACGGUGAACCAAAAGGAAUUCAAGAGACAACAGAGACUUAUGAAGAGAGCAGUGGAUAAGGCCAAAGAAGACUGGAUAUGUAGAGUUGCUAAAGAAGCCGAAGUUGCUGUGAAAGAUGGUCAUACAAGUUGGGACAGAAUUAGGAGAGAUUACUGGAGGCUCAUGCAGGGAGAAGAUUGA